AUGUCCAUCUUCUCGCGCAUGAAGAAGAGCCGCCAGCAGGCCAAGGAACACAAUGCCAAGCUCGCCGAGCAGGAGAAGAAGGAGCAGACAGAAAAGACGCCCUAUCGGCAUGUGCCCAAACACGCGGCCACGGAUGCCAUCGCCAGCGCGCCACCCAGCUGGCGAGACGCCGACCGGCAGAAGAUCCAGGAGCAGAACCGCCGAAGGAGUGCCAUGGCGGCGUCCGGCCACCAUAUGAACAUGCCGGGCGCGCCUCGCGUGGGUAGCAGCCUGUCCCAUGUCUCAUACCCCACGGACAAGACGGCCACCCCCAUGCGCAUGCCCCGAGCGUACAGCUACACAGGCGUGUCUCCCUACUCGGCGAGCUACAGCCGGGACGUCGCCCACUCGAUGCCCGACGUCGGCUCGCAGUUCACGGCCUACGCCGCCUCAACCAAGGGGAAGGAGGCCAUCCGGGUGUCCGUGUCUGGCUACAGCACACCCCGGACCAGCCCAACGUACUCACAAGAAGAAUCAGAGAGCUCCAGCGGCUCUACGAGUUCUCAGGAUGACCUCGAGAUGAGACUUGCACGCCCUCCGGUGGUACGAGCUCCGCCGCCCCUUACGGCUGCCGACAAGGCCGGUCGUCGACCCCGCGCCGGCCAUCGCCGCCCGUCCGACUCGUCCAUUGAGCGAAUCGCCAUGGCAAACUCGGCCAAGGGGGUGGCUCGGGAUUCCCGCCCGCCUACUUCCAUGAGGAACUUCGCCUCCAUUGCGCCCAUCGUGAAUGCUCCCGCUCCAGCGGUACGGACGUAUGCUCCCCCGCAGCUUGACCUGCCGGGCUCGCUGGAGAUGUCUGAAUAUUCGCUUUCCAGCUGCAUCAACACUAGCCUCAACACCUCUGCCACCACUCUGACGUCCACCUACGCUCCUCCGUCGACGGACAGGAACCCCUCCCCGGAACACAACGGAAAGCAUUCCAAGGAGCGCAAGACCGCAAAGGUUACUCGAUUCACGGAGCUGGAACGGAUUGAGUCUGGUGGUGCCGAAGCGUUGGCCGCUGCUGCACCUCCCCAAACCGACCUCGAACAAGCUGUGGCUCCCGCUCCCGCCCCUGCCCCUACUUCCGCUGCCCUCUCGAGCACGGCCUCAGCCCCAUCCCCCGUUGCUGCCCCUGCGGUGAAGCAGUCCAUUGUCAUCAACGUCUUCCCGGAAGAGGAUUCGAUCCCCGAGCCUGAACCCGCCAAAAAGUCCAAGAGAUUUUCCAAGAGCGGAGGCAAGCUGGCCAAGAAAUCUCGCUGGGCUAGCUCCAAAGCACCGGCCGUCGCUGUUUAA